UGACAUGUUCUGGAGACGUGAUGCUAUUGGUUUAUUGUAACGAUGUCUGUCUGAUAGAUUGAUAAACAGUUUAACUGUGAGGGAAUGGGUGUUCAUAUCUGUAACAGGUUUUUAAAAUUGCACAAUGGAUAUCUGCUGCCAAGCGUCGGACUCGGUACGUAUCAGCUUUUGGGAGAGAGUGUAUGUGAAGUUGUGGACAAAGCGAUAUCCCUCGGAUACCGACACAUCGAUACCGCUCAUUCCUACAACAACGAGAGUGAAAUCGGUGAUGUACUUAAAUCUCGUAUCGAGUCGGGAUCAAUAACGAGGACCGAUCUGUUUCUGACCACCAAAGUUCCUGAUAUAUUGCAUGAACCUAGCGAUGUCUUGGAGGGUGUGGAGGAGUCCAGGGCCAAACUGAAAACGAAAUACUUGGACCUGGUGUUGAUUCAUCACCCAUGGACGAUGAGAAAGAACGGACAACGAGACUUAAAGCCCAUGGAUUCGAAGGGAGAAUUACAAUUCGUUAAGUUUAAUUUACAGAAAACGUGGCGGUCAUUGGAAAAUUGUGUUAAGGAUGGUACGGUCAGAUCUAUUGGAUUGUCAAAUUUUACUAUAGGACAGAUACAAAAUAUACUUGACGGUUGUACUAUAAUGCCAGCAAAUCUUCAGCUCGAGUGCCACGCCUAUUUACAGCAGAAAUCAUUGCAUGAAUUUUGCAAAGCAAGGGACAUAACUCUGACUGCCUACAGUCCACUGGGCGCACCAGGACGGCCAGAACACCAUCGUUUCACCGACCAACCUGUUCUGUUGGAUGACCCGAUAGUAGACUCGAUUUCACAGGCCCACAGGAAGACUAAAGCACAAAUUCUUCUUGGAUGGUUGGUUCAAAAAGGUUUCUGCGUCGUUCCAAAAACUAAAAGUGAAAAAAGAUUGACGGAAAAUUUGGAAAUAUUUAACACCAAUUUAAGUAAUUCAGAAUUGGUAAAGCUUCAGGCAUUGGACAGAGGUAUCCGGUAUUUCAAGUUCAAAUACAUGACAGGUCAUCCCGAGUUUAAACCAGCAGAAGACUUUUGAUGACUUGAUGUUAAUAAGUCGACAUAUGAAAUAUUUCUAUAAGUUGUAUGCAAAUUAAAUAACAUAUUCGGAAUUCAAAAUUUUUAUACAAACGUUAUUAAAGAUCUGAAUUUA